ACUCUCUCCAGCUCAUGUCCCACUUAUUCCUUUAUCAGCAUACAUAUAUAUUUCUGUUUUGUUGCACACUGUAAACCUUCAAACUUUUAUUGACCCUUUCCUCUGAGUGCCUUCCUUUAAGGAAGGUCUCAAGAUGUGCUGAGGCAUUACUCACAAACACAAGUGUGUCAGAGAAGGUGCACGGAUAUCUUCCAGCUGCUGAGGAGUGAAGUUGGCUGUCAGCACAUUCUUACUUCACAGACUGGACUGAACUGACAUAGGGGCCCCACAGAGGUUGGCAUCUAUUUCCAGUGGUCAGCAGGUGGCUCAUUAACCAGUCACAUCUAAAGGCAAACUGAAGUGACCAGAUCAACUGAACAUCUGGAUUCAGAAGAGACUUAAAGACAGAAAGAUCCAAAUUCAGCAAUGGAGAAAAACGUUGACAGUAAUCCAGGGUUUGCUCUGGCUGACUACGCCGUCUUUGCUGCUAUGUUGUCAGUUUCCAUGGCGAUUGGGCUUUUUCAGGCUCUGAAAAAACAGCGAAGGGAUGCAACUGCAGAGGCCUUCUUCACCGGAGGUCGGAGCAUGCCGGCUGUGCCUGUUGGUCUGUCGCUCUGUGCCAGCUUCAUGUCAGCUGUCCAGGUCCUGGGUGUUCCCUCAGAGGGAUUUCGCUAUGGCUUCAAAUUCCUCUACAUGUGCCUCGGACAAAGCAUCAACUCCCUGCUGACAGCUUACCUGUUCCUGCCAGUUUUCUUUCGACUGGGCAUCACCAGCACCAACCAGUAUCUAGAGAUGAGGUUUGGCAGAGGGAUGCAGCUGCUGGGAAGCGUCCAGUUUAUUCUUGCAACGCUGCUUUACACUGGGAUUGUCAUCUAUGCACCAGCCUUGAUCUUAAAUCAAGCUGCUGGACUCAGUAUCUGGGUGUCUCUCUUUUCCACGGGGUUCAUUUGCACCAUGUACACCACACUGGGCGGCAUGAGGGCUGUUAUCUGGACCGACGUCUUCCAGAUUGUUGUCAUGUUAUCAGGCUUCGUGGCAAUUUUCAUCCAAGGGACAAUUCUGGUUGGCGGUCCUGCACAAGUACUGGAGAUUGCCAGCAAUGGGUCACGCCUUAAUUUCAAUGAUUUUGAUGUCGAUCCACGGAAACGUUACACCUUCUGGAGCCUCAGUGUUGGGGGCUCCAUGGUUUGGUUGUCCAUGUACGGGGUAAACCAAGCACAAGUUCAGCGCUACAUUUCCUGCCGAUCAGAGAAAGCAGCCCAGUGGGCUCUGUUUGUAAAUCAGAUCGGUCUGUGCCUCAUUGUGAGCAGCGCAGCAACCUGCGGUAUCGUCAUGUUUGCUUAUUACAACCUCUGCGACCCGCUGAAAUCUGGGAGGAUUUCUGCACCUGAUCUGUACAUGCCAUACUUCGUGUUGGACAUAUUCAGUAAUCAUCCAGGAUUCCCAGGUCUUUUCCUUGCCUGUGCAUACAGCGGGACUCUCAGCACUGCCUCCACGAGUAUCAACGCCAUGGCUGCAGUGACGAUGGAGGAUAUACUGAGGCCUCAUCUGCUCAAGAUGGAACAGAAGAAACUGGUCCUGGUUUCCAAAGGACUGUCAUUCCUGUAUGGAGCUGGAUGUAUCACCGUAGCAGCUCUCUCCUCCUUCCUGGACUGGGGGGUUCUUCAGGGUUCGUUCACUGUCAUGGGUGUGGUCAGUGGUCCAGUUCUGGGCGUAUUCAUUUUGGGAAUGUUUGUCCCAGGAACAAACAGGCUGGGCGCGUACUCGGGGAUAUUGGCGGGAUUCUGUGUCUCUCUGUGGCUGGCUGUGGGUUCAACUCUUCACCCACCCAGUGAGGAGACCAUGGGUGUCCUGCCCAGCUUCACAGACGGCUGCAGCUUUGCUAAUGGCACAAAAAACAACAGCUCUAACCUGGAUGAGGUUUCCAUCUUGACCCCACUUCAUCCUAAACACCAAGGUGGCCUCCUCAACUUCUACUCCAUGUCUUACCUCUAUUUUGGAGCCAUGGCCACCAGUUCAGUCAUACUGGUGGGACUGAUAGUGAGCUAUGCAACAGGGCCAACAAAGAGGAGUCAAAUUAAAAAGGGGUUGUUAUGGUGGGACCUGAAUAAAAAGGAGAUGGAGAUCUCGUCAGAAAGCAGAACCGAUGUGAUAUCCAGGAUGUUCCCCUGCUUCGUUCAGAAUGCAUGCAGGAAUACACAACAGAUAUCUGUGGUUCACAUAGGAAAUAACCAGGAGGACAAAUUAAUAGACAACCGACUCGUGGUUCCUUUGAAGAGCCUACCCAGAGACGAUGUGCUGUAAAUGG